CUCGGUGGUCUCUGUGCCUGCUAAAUAAAGUCCCCACUCACUUCCUGACAUGAUUAAAACAGAGUUUCCAUCACUGCUGCUGAGACAAACUUAGAAACAUACAGAGUUUCUCUGUUUUUAACCAUUCUUCUUCAGAUUAUGGCACUUCUGGCAGGGAUCAUCACUGUGCUUUGUAAGUUAUCUUUAUAUUCUGAGUUUAUUUGAAGGUUUUACUUAUUUCAUUAAAGGGUGUGUCUGUAAUUAGAGCUGAUUGCUGUUCAAACCUUUGCCUUUUGUUUCUGUUUCUGUUAAUGACAGGUUUGUGUGUGAUCGUAAGUAUUUAUGUAGUGAGAUCACACCUUCUAAAAAGUCAAAACUAAAGUGAAAGAAAUGGAGCCUGCACAGUCUUUCACAAUUCUUAUAUAAUGAUGAUAAUAAUCAGACUUAGUGAUGAAGAUGCUGGAUCCUGGAGGGACCUGACUGAAGCACUCAUGCAGCAGGUGUCAGAAGAUUUGAAGUGUUUUAGAUAAACAGAGUUAACUGUGAUAGGAAUGUGAGACGCAGGUAAACGUAAACCUCCAGAUAUGGGAGACCAGGGCUUGUUGUCACACUUUUUACACUCUUCUAUAUUUCUAGAAAUCAAUCCAUCAUAUAUAAACAAAAUGUGAACCAGAUGAAAGACCAAAGUCUCAGGUAUAUAUUUUGUAUUCAUGUCAUUUUCAUAUCUUGUGUCAGUGCAGAGUUAUAAUCAAUUAAAUAUAGAGUGUGAACAUGUGACAUGUUGCCCCACCAUCAGGUAAGUUGUCUCACUACAUGGGCUAAGAUGUCACAGUGGAUUUUAGAGCAAAUAAAACAAGGACAAAAUUAUUGUUGUUAUCGUUUUUUUUACUUAAAAGUGAACAUUAAAGUCAGACACAGAAAAUGUUUAUCAUUGAGUUAAAGAAAAAGUCAUUAAACAAACGUUAACAUCAAAUAUUAUCAACAUGCUCUGGAGUUUGGAGAUCUGUCUGACUCUGUAUUUUGGCUGGGGUGAAUGUUUUACAGUACUGAGUUAAGGUAUGAUAGUUGACGUUCAAGUCCUUUAUUGUCCUCCAGAUUGAUUUAUUAGCUAAGAUCACCUGUCUGACUGCCCUCAGCAUCACGUCAGGAACUGCACUGACAUGUUCUGUUUUUCUUUUGUGAUUCCUGACCAUGUCUUCUCUCUUUCUCCUCUCCUUUAAAUCACUCUGUUCUCUGUGAAACAAAAGUCAAAAUUUCAAUAGGACAACUGCUGAUAAACAGACUCUCUAUGUUAAUUUUAAUCCCUUCUAAACAUGUGAUAACUAACCCCAAAAUGACUGAGACAUGUUGGCCCAAACUACCAUGUCUGCUAAUUCCUGCUCUAGAUUUAAGUUAGUUUAAAACAGAACAGUGACUGAGGUAUGACAGGAUGUCUUAAUCUCUCCUCUAACAAGUCCACAUGUUUCACUGCUAGGAUUUUGAUCUGAAAGAAGCUGAUUUUAUACUAUAUAGAGUUAAAACUUUUUACUUAGGGUUGUGUGAAAUGGUUAAUUGGCGCUCAUCUCAGCUCACGAUGUUCUCUUCUCUUCUCAGACAGGACACGACCCCUGACCAUGUAUCGGAAGAAAACUAGUUUUCCACUUUUUAGUUGUGCCCUCUGGUGGCAAAGAUAGUUGCAAUGUGACAAAACAAGCCCCGGUCUCCCCUACGUAAAUUUUGAUUCUGGAGCAGAACUAAAUUUAUCAUCCACACACAGCCACAUUGUCAUCAUCUUCAUCAACUCUUCCUGUCUCCUCUCCUCUCUUCUCCACCCUCAGGCGCAGCAGGACCUCUCCUCUCCUCAGCCUCACCUCUGGUGGUCCAGCCGGGUCAGAACAUCUCUCUGACCUGUAAUGUAACAUCCAGCAGUAAGUUGACCUGGUACCUGCUGCGCUCAGAUCAGCUGCUGCCUCUCCUGACAGUCACAAAAACUAAGUUAGGGUCAACUUUAGUCAACUUCCACAAAGACAACAGCCGGAUGAGCAGUAAAGGGAGUUUGGAGAGCGGAUCAGUCACUCUGGAGAUCCUGCAGGUCGAGGAGGAGGAUGUUGGGAUUUAUUUCUGCUCAUGGUCAUGUGCAGAAAAACUUUCUGUGAACAAAGGGAUUCAUCUGUCUCUUCAUGGUAAGAACUUAUUGAUUAGGUAUUUAUGUUUUCAGACAGUUUGAAGGCGAAAUCUUUAUCCAAGAUUCAACUGUAGAAUAAAUUUCUCUGUGUGCAGGACAGUCAUUAGAGCUGCCAGAACUUAAAGAAGAUUGGUUUUCAGGAAAGUUUAUAAUUAUAUUUUUUAACUGCAUCAUAAACCCUGUCAUUUUUCAGUCCAUUAAACCUCUACAGUGGAGCCUGUUCAUCUGAUCCUGGUGAGUCUGGAUCCUUCAGCAGAGUGAACCUGGAGAUGAAACUGAGGUUUCAUUUUAAUUACAGGAAUAAAAACAUCACGAUACAGAGUUUUAAAAAGUAAAAAGUCAUGUUUUGUCAGGUUAAUGAAUGUGAGUGAAUUAAUUCAGAUGUAUUUGGAUGUAUAAGUUCUUGGUUCAGACCCAACACGAGUCUCUAAAAGCCAAUUCCAUGACAGGUGUUCAACAUUCAGCUGCAUUUUAUUCUAUUAAUUUCUACAGCAAAGAUACACAAACACAACUCUUUAUCUUUGAUUAAAAAAAAACUAUAAUGACUUAUUAAUGAACGACUCCUCCUUUUUUAUGUGUGUCUGCAGGAGUCUCUAAGGACUCAGUCGAGCAGCCAUGUUGGAGUCUGUGGAUCUAUAUUCUCCCACCUUCACUCGUGUCCUGUUUCAUCGUCAUCGUUGGACUCUGCCUCUACUUAGGUGUGUUUGUGACCUCCGUACGUCUUUCUCUGUAAAGAUUAGUGAUGCUCAUUUAAACAGAUAUUUAGACACAAACUGGUUUGUGCAGAGCACACUUGAUAUCAGAGAGAUAUUAGGGACGAUUUUUUUUAUUAUAACAUGUGAAUCUGAACAUGUAAAUUAAAACUAAAACUACUUCACUCUCCUGUGGGAAACCAAACAUUAUUACUGACUCACUGAAGCUUGAGUUGGAUCUAAAAGCUUUACAUUUACAUUUACAUUUACAUUUACAGAUACAUAUCUGAUUUAUAUCCACAUACAGAAGAGGCCUGGGUCGGAUUAGAACCAAUCAGAACUGACCUGUUCACACUUAGAUGAAAAAAUCAGAUAUGAGUCACAGAUGGUUAAAAAAAUCUGAAUCGACCUGCAGUGUGAACGUAGACUUAAAUUGCUGCUCCCGUGUCAUUAUCUCAAAGAACCCGCCCCCUUUUUUAAAUGAAGGGCUGUGAUUGGGUCGGUAUACCUGACACUGAGGAGGGGUUUGAUUAGAAUGAAAAUAAACUGACUGAUGGGUUUGGUUCAUAGACAGUAUAUAGAAUUAUAUACAGUCUAUAUAUUCAGUGUAUGAAAUUAUAAAUAGGUAUGGUAUAUAGACUGUAGAACUAUGUAGAAGCUUUAUAAAAUUACAUAAUGUAGCUUAGCUGGUGUGGUUAAACUGGGAUUUUUUUUUUCUUUACUUUGACAGAGUUUCUCAAACAGACCUAUCCAAAGUCCAACUCUUCCUAAAAGUUAAUUAAAUCUAAGCUUUUGGUUUUUAUUCUGACAGAAAUCUGUUAAAAGUCCAAAACUUCUGAAACAAACAAGUUUACAGAGCUGAAAAAGUUUGCUUUGACUUUGAAAAUUGUAUGAGUUUAAACUGAGGGUCAUUCUGAGAUGUUGUUCGAUUUUCAUUGUGUUCGAAAUCUUCUCCUUAAGUUCAAGCAAAUAUAAUAAAAUACUGAAAUUUUAAUGAAUAUAAAACUUUUAUCUGAAAGGAAUCACGUUUGUCUCUGAUAUCUGUCUGCAGAUUAUGUAACGCUGCACCUCCAAACUGAUCUUUGGCUCUGUCGUGUAUUAAACCAGUCUAACCAGCUCUGGUUUAUGUGAGAUAUCAGUUUAUGAGAACAGAAAGAAAAUCCUCAGAUGGGCGAGUCAAUAAAAAAGAAACCCCAGAGCUCUGAGACAUUAAAGUUAAGGACCAGCGUCAGUAUUUUACUGUAAACACUGAAAAACAACAGAGAAAAAAGAGCCGCCAGAGUGUUCAACUUUAUCUGUAAAGAACAUUCCCACACCAGGAUCUGAUCACAAAUAUUUAUUAUUGAUACACAAUCCAUCAUAAACCCUCUUCGUAAAGGAAAGAAAAACACACCACUCCUGUAUGUCCUUCUUUCUUGGGAAUUGUAGUCCUAUUAACAGCAUGGACUACAAAAAACAGAGGAUUAGUAAAUGAGUCAAAGAAAUGGAUCAGACAAACGUUCUUCACAUGUGCUGAAGCUUCAAUCAUAAAAUAAUCAUCAGACAAAACGAUCAGAGAUAAGACUACUUUUGUGCAAUAAGGACAUUAAAAUAACACGAAAUCUCUCCGAUGCCUUUUUUAAAUGAGAACUCAAGUAUAAAGCAUCAGGAUUACUCAGAUUAUAGAGGGGAGUUCCAUUAUUCACCACUAGAUGGCAGCAGAAAUCACCCUCCAGCUCCAUGAAGCUGUGUGUCUCUUUUUCCUUUAUUUUCCCAGAAAAACCACAACUGCAAAUAUCUGUUCCGUGUUUACAGACAGUUAACAUCACUGUGUUUUGAGGAUGACUGUAAACUCAUCGAGGAAACUCUCACAGACGGAGUAAAUGGUCAGGUGGUUAAAUUCAGUUCCUGUGUGGUUUUAGAGUCGGGCUUAACGUUGACCCAAAAGUGUGGAGAUGUUUGACUUUUCCUAAAUCAACACCGCUGAGUGUGAUUAGUUCCCUGAAAAAUAGUAAAAAUAGUGCCAGGAACUUUUCAAAAAGUUCCAAACUGAUAAAUGAGUUUUAAAAAGAGGCGGAUAAAUGCGGUUAAGUGAACACAGACUCUGAUAGAAGCAGUUUCUUUGACACCUCGCUCGCCUACGACCACACACUGACAGGAAGCAUCACCUCCUAAGAGUUCUCGAUGAACUCUGAACAGCUAGAAUUAUUCGUUUCGGCUCGUUAUUUAAAGAGUUGAGGUGAAGUCUCUCUUCCUGUUGGCGCUUAAGGAGGUAUUUUUAGUUCGUUCACGCUUGCUUCAGCAGCAGCCCGUACGGGCGGAUCGCUCCAUGGAUGGUGGCCCUCAUCUGGACGUCGUUCAUGCCUUCAGGGAUGUAGACCAACCACACCUCCUCUCUCUUACACUUCACCCUCUUCUCCGGGUUGAUCCGGUUCUGGAGGACCACUUUGUAUACCUUCCCAUCUACUCUGGACUUGAAUGUCUUGCAGUAUUUUCCCGCCAUCUCGAUGUCCGGUGUAGAGUACGCCCCACGGCCCCGGGUUUCCACGUUGACCAUAGAGGCCGCGGCAGCAUCCAGAUACUCGGGGUCAUCGUUGGGGGUCCCUCCGCGGGUCCAGAUGAUGCCAAGGGAGCCGUCCAUGUUGGUUCCGUGGUAGGAGACGGGCCAGGAACCUUUCCCAGUCCCCAGCCAGGCGUCCCCGUCAUCAUACUUCUGGACGACCCUCAGAGCGGCACGGUCCCACCCGCAGGGACGGACGUAGGGCUCGUUACCCCGCAGGAACUUUGUAUUCCCGUCCUGGAGAGGAGCAGAGAGGAGACAGAGUGACUGAUGGGGAGAUGUUAACAGGCUACGAGCUCGUCAGAAACCAAACAGCUGAUCACUUCCACACAGUUAAAGGGAUAUUCCGGCGUGAAAUUAAACACACCUAACACAGAGUUAGACACCCCCCCGAAGGAUGAAUGUUGCCGAUCAUGAAUGUUGACUAAUUUCUUCAGCAAAGAGACUAAACACAACUCACCUACUCUCUUCCAGCAGCCACUUGUUUGUAGCGAGACCUCAGGCCAGUCCAUUACAGACUACAGUGGGGGGACGCAGCUCAAGGAAGAACAUUUAUGAUCAUUUCUUCAUGGAAAUACAAUCAGACCGAGACGCUAAGGUAGAAGAACUACAGCGUCUGCAGUGAAAAAAGAUUAAUAUGGUGAUUAUUACGUCAAGGAACUGAUAAAGAAAUGAUCGUAAAUGUUCUUCCUUGAGCUGUGUCACCCCGCAGCAGUCGAUGGACUGGAGGAGAGUAGGUGAGUUGUGUUUAGUUUGUGUUCAUAGACCGUAUACACUGUGGACAACUUGGUUCCACCUUCCGCCAGUAUACAGAUUUGACGUUGAAAAACUAUCUGUAUUUCCACGAUCUUUCUUUAUUUCCUGAGACCAACAUUGCGCAGUCGCGUUGUACACAUUCAGCGGGAGAGUCGUGUUACGGUGUGUUUGAUCCUAAAUUAAUUUUACGUCGGAUAUCCCUUUAAAACAGCAUUCAGAGUUUUGAAAAAUGGAGAUAAAAUCAAAACCUGAGAGUCCAGACCUGAGGUCACAUAUUUAAGAGUGAAAAAGAGAUGUUAAUGAAACGCUCGGACAUGAAUCUGAACAGAGGGAAUUUAAACAACAAUAGAGACAAAAACGUGUGCUGUGACAUUUACUGCAGUCAGCCAGCAGGGGGAGCUCUUCUCCUAUACAGACCAUCAGCUGUUUUUUAAUGGCUCUCUCUUUCCUCUUUUCCUCCUCAAACUCUCUUCCUCUUUUCACCCACUCCUUCGCCUCUCUCUUACACACUCACUCGCCCGCUGACUUAUUUAGUAUCAAACUAGAGCCGGUCAUAAACUGUGUGCAGGCCUGAGUCACAUGACCUCUUACCUUAAUGUUGGUGAAGUCGUAGUUGAACUCUGGGUGGAAGAAGUCUUGAGGGUUGAUCUUGACUGUGGCCUUGAUGCUCCCUGUUGGGUUGUGGGGGGCCUGAGUCAGAGACAGGGGGGAGCUGUACAGGUCCCCGUCAUCCUGCAGUGAUAGACUCCCUAAACUGGGGUACUCCAGCUCCCUAAACCCCUCCUGCUUGUAAAACUCCCUCAGAGCUACGACGGUAACAAAGUCCUGGGGGGUGAGCUGGGAGGCUCCGUCUGUCUGCUCCACAUUACAGCCGCAGAGAGCCGACAGGGCCUCCAAACACAGCUGACUGUUAGGCAUGGUCCAAGAGGAGCGGUCGAUCUUCCUUCAAGAGUCAAAUCUGUGUUUCCUCUCCUGAGUUUGCAAAGUUGUUUUUAUCUCAAAGUAAUGGUAGAAAAACGACGAGCUGAAAGUCAGUGUCUGUCGGCUGCUCCCUCAUAAACAACUCGCUCUGGUUUCACUUGACAUACUUUCACUUUCUCUUACUGACGGAGGAAUUCCUUCCAGUAAGUCACCACCUGCUCUGAUAUGGAGAUCAGGCUGCUAUCUUUACAGCAGACACAGUUUCCACCAAUGACAAAGAAGAGAACAGGAACUACGCCUAAUAAAGAGAAAAAAAAAACAAGCCUGGCAUCAAAUAUAAGGCAGAGGUCAAAACUGUAAGUUUAAGUCCACAUUUGGAGAGUGCCAUGAGGGGACCAUGUAAAAAUGCACCCAUUACUGGAGCAUGAGAGUCUUCCCUGGUUCAGACUCAGGGUCUUGGGCACAAUAACAGCUGCAGGAGAGAGAACCAGAAUAUGACAGAUUUGGAGUAAAAUGACUAAAAUAUUUCUUAUCACCAUCUGAAUUCCCUUGAAAAUCACGACUUUGUGAUAGUUAUUCAUAACCACUGCGCUAAAUAGAGAUAGCAUGUACAUUCCAGGACCACACUUACUGACCUUAUUCCCUACAUGCAGCUAUGAAACCCACCCAAACCUACUUUACCCUCUAUCACUAAAAUCAGCCUGUGAACACGUGUCUGUAGGAAAAAGCAGGUUUUGGAAAAUCAGGGAAACAAAUAUGUCUUCAAAGAUGUCAAAGGGAAUGUUGAAGCUACCCAGAACCCCAUGAUACUCAGACAAACACAACAUCAUGAAAAUCACCCGGCGAGAGUGUCCUAGGGUUAAAGGAAUAUAUGUAAUUUUUUUAUUGGAUCAGUUUUAUAAAUACAUGAGAAUAUUAACUUUCUAUUCCAAGAUACAAAAUUGAAAUGUUUUGUUUUUCUAUCUUAUGAUUUGAAUUUUUUUACCUAUAUUCAUUCAUUUAUAUCUUUUUAUUUUCAUAAGUUUGUCUUUUCAGGUGAUUUUGCAUUUUUAUCUCAGUAAUUAAAUAUUUUUCUUAUUAACUUAACUUUACAAAUAAAUAAAAUGUUAUUUAUUAGGUUUUUUUUUAAAGUUUUUUGAAAUGUUUUAAUUAUAUCAAAUAUUACAUGUUAAUAUGACAUACAGCAAAGUAGUUCUUGAAUAAAAUGAAAAAAUAAAGCUAUAAUAAUAAUAGCUGAUAUAAAUAUGGUGAAGUUAUGAGUUACUUCAGGUUAUUCUGACUCUGUAUUUCCUGUUAUCUUUGCAGGUAUACCAGGUGUGUGCUGCUGCAGGACCAACAGGAGUCCAAAGAACAAAGAGGUGAGUAGAUCAUUACUUCCUUUAUGAAACUUGGACAGUUUUUAUUGAAGGAGUCCCAGUUUCUGUCCAGUAAAGUGGACACUGUUCUUUCGAGGUUGUCUAUAUCACCAUGAAUAUAUUUUAUAGUCUUAAAUGAGUAACAGACUCAUAGGAAUGGAGCAUAUAUCCUUUUUUAUCUCCUGCAGCUGCUUGCUGAACUUUAAUCUGUUGUCUGUCUCUGCAGGACGCCUCUUUGCAUUAUUCCAGUCUGAGGCACAGAGAUCAGCUCCACCCCUCAGGCCGAGGAGGCGGAGUCGGGAAGGCGGGAUUGGUCAAAAAGGAAGUCAUUUACUCCACAGUAGCCCCUCACAAGAAGCCAAUCAGAUCAUAUGACUGCUGAUGUUUUCUGGUUCAUGUUCUUUAAAGUCAUUUCAAACUAUUUCAUUUCUUUUUUUUCCUUAAAAACUUAAAAAAAUAAGUCAGCAUCUGUUCUGUUUCUGUGAAAAAUCUCCAGUUUUUAUGCUUUUUUCCCACUUUAUAAAGUUUCACUGUUACUCCUCAGACGAAAAAACCUCAAACCUGUAAAAACUGUGACUGUUAACAAGCUGAACACCCUCCACAUGGAGCGAUAUGUAUGAAUUCUGUUACACUG